CCAGGGAGAGGGGAGGAGAGAAAAUGUCCUGCCCUUUCCCGAAAGAUUUCCUGUUUCACUAAAGUGAGUUCAGUCUGACUCAUAACCAGAGGUUCAUUUAGACAGCCCGACUGUUUGCAGAGCCAGGUCUUGCUCACCGUGCAAGAAAAAAUCACGUCUUGUUAAUAUUUCUCCAAACUUUUCUCCUCCAUUUUGUCAGACGGUGUAAAAACAGUUUAAUGAACAUCAAGGGAAGGAAUUACUGUUUUUCAAAUGGAGCCACGUAGUUUUUCAAUGGUUUGGUGGGGCACGAUAUUCUUCGUUUACUUUGUUCGUCUUGAUCAAGCGGAUGGGACCUUUAACUUUUUCAAGAUGCGGAAUCUCUGCAAAUUCUGUGAAUUGAAGGCAUCCACCUGUGAGGACACCGGCACUUGCUUCUCGAAAUGUGGCAUCACUUCCAUAUGUGACCAACUAGAUGAGGUCUGCGUCAGCAUCUGGAGGAAGAAUGAUGAUAACAUCACCGUGGAGACAUUGUGUCAUCACCCAUCCAAGCAGCUCUAUGGCCUGAUGCUAGAUGACUACAACACAAGCAAGUGCCUGAUGAAGGAGAAGAAGGUCCCUGGCUCGAAGUUCUACAUAUGCUCCUGCACUGGCGAAGAGUGCAACGAUGAGCUCACGUUCCCUCCCUGGACCCCCCAUGAAGAUAACCAGGUUCUGCUGGUCAUCCUGGUCAGCCUGCUCCCAUUGCUUAUCCUGGCUGUGCUGGUCAUUGCCACUUUCUACUGGUACCGGGUUUAUCGGCGGCGCAAGCUGAACCAGGAGUGGGAGAGCAGGAAGCCCAAACGGAGCAAGGGCGCGGUGGACUGCAGCGACGCCUGCGCCAUCAUGAUCAGCGACCGUGACUCCGAUUCCAGCUCCACCCACGCCAACAACCUCAACCACAACACCGAGCUGCUGCCCAUCGAGCUGGACCUGCAGGUGGGCAAGGGCCGCUUCGCAGAGGUCUACAAGGCCAAGCUCAAACAGAGCUCUUCCGAGCAAUUCGAGACGGUGGCCGUCAAGAUCUUCCCAGAUGAAGAGUAUGCAUCCUGGAAGAAUGAGAAGGACAUCUUCUCAGACAUCAACCUGAAGCACGAGAACGUGCUGCACUUCCUGACGGCUGAGGAACGCAAGGUGGAGAAGCAGUACUGGCUCAUCACCGCCUACCACCCCCGCGGGAACCUGCAGGAGUACCUGACCCGCCACAUAAUCAGCUGGCAGGACCUGUGGCUGCUGGGCGGGUCCCUUGCCCGUGGUGUGGCCCAUCUGCAUAGCGACCACACCCCCUGCGGACGUCCCAAGGUGCCCAUUGUCCACAGAGACCUGAAGAGCUCCAAUGUCCUGGUGAAGGGUGACCUCACCUGCUGCCUCUGUGACUUUGGCCUGGGGCUUCGAUUGGACAACUCGCUGUCUGUGGAUGACCUGGCUAACAGUGGGCAGGUGGGCACAGCUAGGUACAUGGCCCCAGAGGUCCUGGAGUCCAGGAUUAACCUGGAGAACAUUGAGUCCUUCAAGCAGACUGACGUCUAUUCCAUGGCCCUGGUGCUGUGGGAGAUCACCUCCAGGUGCAACGCCAUUGGAGAGGUGAAGGACUACGAGCCUCCCUUUGGCUCAAAGGUGCGAGAGCACCCCUGUGUGGAGAGUAUGAAGGAUAACGUCUUACGAGACCGAGGCCGUCCAGAGAUCCCCAGCAGCUGGAAUAACCACCAGGGUGUGCAGCUCGUGUGUGCCACCAUUAACGAGUGCUGGGACCACGACCCAGAGGCACGGCUGACUGCGCACUGCGUCGCCGAGCGCUUCCACGACAUGGAUCACAUGGACAAGCUGUCAGGGCGGAGCUGCUCGGAGGAGAAGAUCCCAGAGGACUGCUCCGUGAGUGAUGGGAAGUAGCUCCCACCACGCUUCCCUGACCAAAGCCAGGGGGUGGGGCUUAUUUUACUGAUCAAUCGCCCAGCUAUUCUGCCUGGACCAUGAGGAGCGCUCAACAGCAUCCAAUUCUGCUUUCCGCAGGGACUCUUGCUGUGAGUUUGGGGAACAGAGAAACUGGAAGAUAUAUACCAGUAUAUGUAUAUAUACCUGUAUAUGUAUAACACAUUGGUCCUCCUGGAUGACCUCACCGAGAGGGAGAAGCAAUAAGCUGGACAGAGGCAAUAUAAGCAUUUAUAAUCAAUGUAUUUUGCGCUUUAUCAAAAUACCUAUGCAAGACAAGACCAUGUGUUAAUGUACAUUCAUGAAGAGAGUAUAUUCAUGUAUUUUAAUGCGGCUGAGGGGCAUGGGUGCACUACCCCUCCCUCAGGAGUGAGAAUUGUACAGACAUGUUUAUAACAUUAAUGAUAAUCCAGCCUAUUUCUGCAAGGGAGGAAAUUGUACAGUAAACUGCACAACUCUAAACUGACAAGUGAUGUUAGGUAGAAGUUUGUGUGUGUGUGUGUGUGUACAUGAGUGUGUGUUCGAGUGUGUAUUUUUGUGCGUGUGUGUGCAUUUGUGUAAAAACAUUACAUUUCUUUCAAUGAAAAUACUAUGCAUAGCGUCAUCCAGGGAUGGGUGGGUUUCCGUAGGCCAUGAUGACAGUCUCGUGAAUUUGUGACCACUACUGAUUGGUCAGGUAGCCGCAAAUCCGUCUGUUAAUCUGCACGUGAAACGUCAUCCCCUCUCUCACGUCUGUGGGAGCCUGACUUACAAGCAGCAGUGUGAUGAGAAGUGGCGGCUUCAGGGCAGGGCAGGGCAGGGCUUGUCUGCGCUGUCCCAGAUCGACAGCGGAGGCGCUGGCAGUGAGCGCUGAUGGAGAUACAACUGGGCUUUCCAAAUUGAGGAGAAAAGGGGAGGAAAGUAUUUAGGAAACAAAUCAAUAAAACAUACUAUGCAGUGAAGCAGACUAUCAAAAGGGAAUAAAAAUAUCCUAUGCAAAGUAUGCUGAGGCUGGAAUUCUACUGACUGUAGUCCCAGCAGCGCUUUCCCUGCACAGUACAGUAUAUUACUACAGGUAUUAUUGUGAAAAGAAAAAAAACUAUACAGACCCCUCAAAGGUCUUAUUGUUCUUUUGUAUGUAAAGUAUUGUGUAACACAAUGAUUAAAGCAUUUCAGUAUUUACUCUAA